CGAUCUGUAUCUAAUACCUUUGGAGGUGUUUGUUUUUGUUUAAAACUUUUCGUAACUAAAGCUUUGUUAAUUUAGUACUCACUCAGUUCAUUCAACUGUAUUUAGUUCAGUAUUGGUAAUAAAGUGAGAAAUAUAAUCUUAAAGUGAGAAGUGGUGUUGUAACGUUGUUUGAAAGUGUCCAGUUUAAAAGUCAAGAUUAUAUUGUAUUUAUUUUGUUAUACUUAAAUUCAUCUACAAUUCAGCUUAUACAAGGUCAAACAUGACAAGAGCUACAGGCACCAGAUCCUCCAAGAGGAAGCCAGGAAAGACCAGCCAAGAAAUAAUUCCUGAAGAUUUUAAACAGAUUUCACCAUCAAUUUUAAGCCAGUCAAGUGCCAAACGAACAUUGUCGCAAAACACACGUUCUGCUGUUAUGAAGGAAAACAUUUCCCCAAAGGAACCGAGCAGAAGACCCUUGAAAUCAAUGUCUGUUCAUAAAAAAGAGGUUUAUUCACCUGUCAGAAAAUCUGUAAGGCACCAGAAAUCCUCAUCAUCUGUCCAAGAUGCGGUUCUUAAAAACAUAUCUGAGAGGAAUGUUUUGUGUGACAAAACCAAUUCGUUGAAGACUAGGGGAAAAGAUAUCAAGAAGAAAAAUAUUGAAAUAAUUCAAACUAUUGAGAAUAAAAAAAAUACUGUAUACAAAAUAAUUAGUGUACCAGAUCCCAAUUUGAGCAAUUCAGUACAAGAAGAUUCGAGUGACGAAAAUAAAAUUGGUAAAGGAACCCAUGUUCCAAUCUACAAAAAUAAAGGGUUGCUUGACAUAGGAUCUGAAAGUAAAGCGCUACCAGAAAUUAAAAAUGAAGGCGUCUAUGAGUUUGAAGUUGACGAAAAUGAAGAACCUAUCCAGAAAAAGAGACGAAAGAAGAGAGUCAAUCCAAGAAAACCAAAAAUAGGACCUAAAGCUUUGACCAUCAAUAAUAUAAAAUACAGUUCUACAGAAAGUUUGGUAUCCUUGCCAGAAAAACCGAUAGCACACAAAAAGAGACCGACAAAAGGCGCUAAAGAUAACUUGAAACGGUGUCCAUCUAUGGUUACUUUAAAUGAUAAUGAAGACACGUGUUAUUCAGUAAAGAGCUUCAUGUCUCACCCUCCAUCACUGGUUUCUCGUGAAAAUAAAAAUUUAAAAUCAAAACACCAGUUAAGUGUGUUGCAAGAGACUCAGUCUGAACAGUGUGCAAGUCCAGUUAACAUUGAUUUGAUUAAUGAACGUCUGCCUGAUAAUAAUUUGGGCUCCACUACUCCUUUCAAUAUUUCUGUAAACUCAAAGAAGAACAGCAAUCCUUCUACUUCUGUAUUAUCGAAUUUCUCCCCAAACCCGAGGUGUUACGUUUCAAAAACAAGUAAUAAAACUAAUUCCAACCUCAGUCGUCAUAGUGAAGCAUACCAGAAGUCAGCCAAUGAUACUUUACCCCUGCAAUUAAGUUCUUGUUCAGCCAGUGUAUCAGUAAUCUCCAACCACGAUUUCCUCUCUUCCACGCCAUGCAAGCGUUCUUCGUUGGUUGUCAGGAAUAAUAGCGUGUUCGACGAUUCUUGUGACCUUCCGCACGGCAUGCGACCGAGCACCGACUUCAUCAAGGAUGCUUCUGUGUCAGCUAGUGCUUCUGUUGACCACUGCUUUGGAUUCGAUGAACCUGAAGAGCUGGAGGAACCACUUGUUUCACCCAUCAAAGCCAGUAUUGAUCUGGUGCCUAGAAAACCAGUUAAAUUGCUCUCGUGGAAAACCGAGCCAAAUCAAGUGGACAUACCUAAACCGAGCACACAAGAAGUGAUUCAAAUGCUUAAGGCGUCAAUUCUGAAGGCUGCCACUAAACAGACAAGUGAUGUUUUUGACAUUUCAAAUCAUCAGUGUAGCUCACCGACACUAACGGAAGAAUGUAGUGAAGUGGCAGUCAGCUUCGUAAAGCCUCCUAGACGCUCGUAUGAACGACAAAGACGAGUCAGAUACUACAGUGAACACGAGGAGGAGGAGGAUAAUGAAAGUGGGAAAGAAAACAAUGUUGAAGAAGAAAAAGAAAAUGUCCCCAAAGUGGUUAAAAACUGUUACAAAAAGAAAGGCAACACAACAAAAACCACAAAACCAAGAGUAACAAAGUCAAAACAAAGGGCAGCAAAAGAGGAAGAAGAAUUGGAAAGGCUUGCUGCACAAAUGAAUGCCCAAUUUCAACAGAUUGAAAAGGUGAAUCUUGUUGUGGAGUAAAAUCUAUCUACAGCGCGGACAGUACUUUAUCUUAGUUUUUUUUGUGUGUUGAAUCUUGUAGUUAUUUAUUGUAGAAAAAAAAACAAAGAAAAGCUUUACUAUCUAUUUGGAACUGUGAACAAAGAAUACAAGGUUUUUUGUACAAAGAAAUGAAACUGAGUUUGACUAAAAGAAUUUAUUAAUGCAGUCGGUAGGAAUAGUCUUCAAAAUGCUAGUGUGCCAGUAAAACAUUCCCAACUUGAUUCCGGACAUCAGCUGUCACAUCUUCUAGAAACUCGGUGACGUAUUUUGGAUGGCGGGUACAUCUUUGACAGUGACCAUUCAGACUUGUAUUGAGUUUUAGGAGUAGGUAAAAAGUUCGCAGGAAUCACAAUCAGGGCUGCGGUGAGUUGGCAGUCGCACAGAAGUCAUGUGGGCUGAGUAAACCUUGUUGGUGGUUUGUCAACGAUCAAAAAAGAGUUGGAGUCCAGGAGAUUUUUUUUUAUUUUGGUCACACCUUUAUCUAUUCCAUUACGAAAACAAAGACAAUGUGGUAUCUCGCAUGACAAUGUGUUGGAAAGAUGUACAGAAACAUCCAUCUUCAAUCGUCCACCAUUUGUUCUGGAACUCACUAAACUACCGGAAAGCGUAAGACCUGACAGGUCUUUGUGAUCUUCCUAACCAAGCCUCUCGGUGAAGGUUUUGCCGAGGUGAACGCAAACGUUAAUUGCUAGUUUUAGCGAAUCCUUUGAUGUUUUCUGCAAUUAGAGAAACUCAAACUGCUUUUGUUCUAUGGAUGAUGAUUACUACGACAAAGCUCGAAUAAGAUUGGGACCAGUACAGUGCUUAACCUAAACUCCCUACCACAAGGAGUCGUGCUGCUUACGACUGGUGCACUACAGGGGUUACUUCAUUAUUAUGUGGACAAACCCUGUAAAUGUAUAUAUCUCUAUUUAUAGCACUGACAACGCUUUACCGUAGUUUUUUUAAUCUUAUAGUUAUUACUGCAAGGAGGAAAAAUAAUAAAUAUAUAUUAUUGUCCGUUUUUCCAACUUGAUUUUUUUUACUAGUUACAAUUUAUAUAAACCUCAGUUGAGAACCAUUUUGUUCAAAUCUAUCAAGAGCACUGACAAUACUUAACGUAGUUUGUUGUAUUCAAGUUGUGUAUUUUUACUAUAGCACAUUAAAAAACUACAUUUAAUAACUAUUUAGAACUAUGACAACAAAAUAAUAAACAGAUAUUGUGUUUUUCUUGUUUUAAAUGUGACUUGUAUACAUUAUAAUUUCUUAUGAAAACAUUACAGUAGUUAUCAUUAUUAUGUUUACAACCAGUUAUUAUGAAGUGUUCUAUUGAACUAUAAAAAUCUAUAACAUCACUUUUCAUGUACUUUUACUAUGUCCUUAUUUUAUUGUUCCUCUUUCUUGUGAUCCACACUACUUUGUAAAUAAGGAUUUCUGAGCGAAACUAGAGUGAAGGUUGAGACAGAAAUAUCAAUUAACUAUGACAUAGCUGUAAGAUCAUGUCCUGAUAUAUAUUUUAUACGUGUUUUAAUUACAAUCUGACUAUAUAUUAUAAGUAUACAACCUAUUAUCUACUACAUCUGAGAUCCGCAGUAUUUUAAUUUUAUGUGUUAUUGACACACAGUAAGGAUUCUGUCUGGGAAAGUGCUUCAAUUUAUAAUUAUUCGGUGAAUAAUACCGGUAAAGUAUAUGUAUUUUAAUGUGUACUGUGUAUAUAAAAUCUUAAUAAAAAGUUUUUUUUAGAUUAAAAGCUGUGUAAAAGUAUGUGAUUUGUUAUAUCUCUAAUAAAUUUAAUUUUAUAUGCUA